CACAAAGCCACAAAGGUCAGAGAAUAAAGAAAUUAGAAGAACGAAUGAAGUCAAUGAACGAUUGAAGAAGACUGUCAGGCCGUGCGACUGUGCGAGCAAGAAGGCGAGAACCGAGGUUGCGAGUCUGCGACUCUGCGAGGAAGACUGUCACGCCUUGUUCCGCUGACCGCCGUCACGCCGUGCUUCAGCCGUCAUGCCCGUCUCUGGGUUUGCCUCAAGCCGCACAGUGAAUGACUGAAAGAUGAAGAAGCAGACAAGCAUUGACUCUCAUUUUAAGAGAAAAACUGUUGAUUCAAGUUGUAGUCCGAGUAAUCCGGUCAAUGCAGAAACUGUAAAUGUAGAAGUUACUAAUACUUCCAAAUAUUUGGGUUGUUCUAGUCUUUCAUUUGAUAUCAAGAAUCUAGAACGUGAUCCCGGAAAACGCCCUCAGAUAUGGGAAUAUCCUGUUAAUCAAAGAGAUGAAGUUAUUCGAGCAUAUUUGGAGAUGGGGCCAUAUCAAAUACAUCUUGCAAAGUAUCCCCUGUCCGAUGAUAAGCGCCCUCGAAGAUUUCAGUUUUCUUGGUUUCAAAAGUUUCAUUGGUUGGAGUAUUCCCCCACACAAGAUGCAGCAUAUUGCUUUCCGUGCUACCUUUUUGCAAAGCCUAUAACUCGUCAUGGAACUGAUGCUUUCACUCUUAAAGGUUUUAAUAGUUGGAAAAAAGUUAAUGACGGGGCUAAUUGUGCUUUGCUGAAUCAUGUGGGUCAAGAUCCAUGUUCUCCACACAAUAAUUCUUGGAAAAGUUGUCAAGAAUUAUUGAAUCAAUCGUGCCAUAUUGACAAAGUCAUCGAAGCACAAACUCUAGAGGUGAAGGAAGGUAACCGCUUACGGGUUAUGAGUUUAUGACCUCUAUUGAUGCUGUUCGGUGGUUGGCUUCGCAAGGAUGUGCUCUACGAGGUCAUGAUGAAUCCUCUACUUCUAGAAACCGAGGUAAUUUUCUUGAAAUGGUUUCACUUUUAGCAUCAUAUAAUGAACAAGUUGCUAGUGUUGUCUUGGAUAAUGCUCCAAAAAAUUCUAUGUAUACUUCUCCCAAAAUUCAAAAAGAGAUCUUACACAUGCAUGCUAAUAAAGUGCGCCAUAAGAUUCGACAUGAUAUUGGUGAUUCUAAGUUUUGCAUUCUUGUUGAUGAGGCACGUGAUGAAUCUAAGAGAGAGCAAAUGGCUAUUAUUUUGAGAUUUGUUGAUGAAAAGGGGUUCAUUAGAGAGCAUUUCUUUGAUGUUGUGCAUGUUAGAGAUACCGCAGCAUUAACUUUGAAAAAAGAAAUUUGUGCCGUUCUUUCAAGAUUUUGUCUUGAUGUUCAGAACAUUCGUGGUCAGGGGUACGAUGGUGCUAGCAAUAUGCGGGGAGAAUAGAAUGGGUUGAAAGCAUUAUUUUUAAAUGAUUGCCCUUAUGCCUACUAUGUUCAUUGCUUAGCACAUCGGUUGCAAUUGACAUUGGUUGCUGCUUCUAGAGAGGUGAAAUAUGUGCAUAAUUUUUUCACCGAUUUAGUCUUUAUUAUUAAUGUGACUAGUUCUUCUUGCAAACGAAAUGAUGAAUUAAAGGAAGCUCAAGCACUUGAAAUUGCAAGAUUGUUGGAAAUUGGUGAGCUUGAAACAGGCAGGGGACUUAAUCAGGUUGGUACAUUACAACGAGCUGGAGAAACUCGUUGGAGCUCACAUUUCAGUUCUGUUUGCAGUUUGAUUAGGAUGUUUGCCGCAACUUGUUCCGUUUUAGAAGAUGUUGAAGAGAAUGGCAAUAACUAUUCUACUCGUGGAGAUGCAGCUGGAGCACUUAAGAAGAUUAAAUCUUUUGAUUUUGUUUUCUUGUUGCAUCUUACUAAAGAAAUUAUGGGCAUUACAGAUCUUCUAUGUCAGCAUCUACAAAAGAAGUCCCAAGACAUAGUAAAUGCUAUGCAUUUGGUGUCAAGCACCAAAAUGUUGAUCCAAAAGUUAAGGGAGGAUGGAUGGGAUAACUUCUUAGAAAUUGUUAAAGAGUUUUGCAAAAAGCAUGAGAUUGAAGUUCCAAAUAUGAAGUCUCCUUAUGUGGCAAAACGCAAACGCAACGAUCAAGAAGGGUUUGAUAUUGAACGUCACUAUCGGGUUGAUAUGUUUUAUGCAACCAUAGAUUCACAAUUGUUGGAGCUGAAUAGCAGAUUCAGUGAACAAAUAAUGGAUCUUCUUACUCUUAGUGGUGCUUUGGAUCCUAAGGACUCAUAUAAGUCCUUUAACAUUGAUGAUAUAUGUUCUUUAGUGGAUAAAUAUUACCCCUUUGAUUUUAUUGAGCAGGAGAAGGUGGGCUUGAGGUUUCAAUUGCAACAUUAUAAGCUCAAUGUUCUAAACCAUCCAAAGUUGGCUAAUUUGUCUACAAUGGGUGAACUUUGUCAAGGAUUAGCAGAGACGGAGAUGUCAAAAGUGUACUUUCUUAUUGAUAGAUUGAUCCGACUUUUGUUGACUCUACCGGUUUCGACAGCAACAACAGAAAGGGCUUUUUCAGCAAUGAAAAUUAUAAAAACAAGGCUUCGCAAUAAAAUGGAGGACGAGUAUCUAGCAGACAACCUUGUUGUUUAUAUUGAAAGAGAAAUUGCUAAAACUUUUGACUCAAAAGCCAUCAUUGAGGAAUUUAUCUCGUUGAAGGAGCGUCGGGCACAAUUCUAAGGCCCAAGCCCAGGACUGUCGUCUCGCCAGGCAAGCCCAGCUAGUGGACCCAGCGGUCCAGAUAUCAAGUCGACCCAACCAACCGGGCCCAUUAGGGAGUGGAGGUCCAGCGGAGUGGAAGCCCAAGACGGCCUGCCUGCCGGCCAACUGGAAGCCUGCCUUGCGGCCUAGCUAGGAGCCUGCCUUCCAGCCCGACGGAAGCCUGCCGCCCGAGAAGCUCAAGCGUCCGGACCGUCAGCCAGGCCGACCCGCCAGCCAGCCAGCCAAGAAGCGUAACGGCCAGCAAUCAAUGCACCAUUAAUCAUGUAUUUAAUUUUGUAUUAAUUUAGUCAUUAUUAUUCGGCAGUUACCAUUUGUAAGCGCCUAUAAAAGGCAAGUUAUAUUUCGAAUACAAACAUGCUAUUUCUGGCUACCAAACUCUCUAGCUACUUUCCAUAUUCGUAUUGCUUUCUACUUUCC